AUGAAAAUUGAAGCUGAGUCAAUUUUAAAUUUAAAAAGAGAUGGAGCUACCUCCACUUUACUCAUUUUGGAUGAAGAAAUAUACAUUCUCCUUGACUGUGGUUUGAAUUCUAAUAUGGAUUUUACCGCUUAUUGGCAAAAUAUUGAAAAAUUGAAAAAAGUUGAUAUGAUAUUACUAUCGCACGUUGGAGCUGAGUAUGUAGGAGCUCUUCCAUUCUUGUUAAAUAAUAAAUAAAUUAUGAGUUAGGGUAAAAAUAUCAGGAUUUACUCUACCACCCCUGUUAUGAAAUUGGGAAUGUUUAACUCUUACAAUUAAUAUUUAAAUACAAUGAUGCUUGCUAGUGAAGAAGAAACUCUAGUAACUGAAAAGUCAUUUUAAAAAUUCUAUAUUGCUUAUGACAGGUGCAAAGUGAUUUAGUUUUUUUAAAAAAAAGUCGUUCACAUUAAAGAUAAGGAUAUUAUAAUCAGUCCCAACUGUAUUGGUAAUACUUUAGGUGCUUGUGCUUGGAUAAUUAAAGAUAACUUAAUAAAUAUAAUGUACAUGAUUUAGUUUAAUCAUAUUAGUGAUGAGCACUUAGAUGGAAUUAAUAUCAAAACUUUUGUAAAGAAAAGAAUAGAUGUGCUUAUUACAGAAUAGACUUUGUUAAAUGGUCCUAUUUCUAGUGAUUUUCCUUCAACUACUCCUCUUUAUCUAACAAAUAAAAAAAGCAACAACUCCCUAAAAGAUACUCUGAAAUAGGCUAUUCAAAAGACUGUAGAACAAUUUGCAAGCCUUGUAAUCGUAUCAUAUCCAAACGAAAGAGUGAUUGAAAUUAUUAUGAUUUUGUGGUAGAUAUGGAAUGAAUCUAAAAAAAUUUUUAAAAUCCCUCAAUAAGAAGACUAGUAUGCUAAAAUAGAGUUCUACCAUAAUUAUAAAAAGUAUUUAUAAGAUUUAGUUAAUGACUAAAUUAAAUGCAUGAAGAAGGAAACAGCAGAUAUAUUGAUAAACAGCAAUCCCUUAUAACCAGAAAGCAAUUUUAUCAAUUUGGAAAACAUUUUUACUCCUUAAUAGCCAGGCUAGCCUUUUAGGGGACCUAAAAUUAUUGUUACUACACAGUGUUGUCUUUAUUAUCCUUAGAUGCUUAAUUACAUCAAAAGUAUGGCAAGUAGUGAUAAAAACACACUUUUAUUUAUAGGAAAAAAGUCAAACUCUAAUAGAUACAAAUGGCUGAAGUAAGGUCUUACUGGUUUGAUAAAAGAAGAUUAAUUAUUGCUUAGUGAAUUGAGCAAAACUGUGAUUAAACAGUUUUUAUUUGAAGAAGAAGAGUAAAACUAACCUUAAUUGAACUAUCAACAAUCAGGAAUGCCUAUUGAAGAUAACUUCGAUAAUGAAACUGUAGCCACAGCCUAGGAUAACCAUAUAGAAGAUUUGGAUGAUAAAACAAAUAUAGGAAAAGACUUAUUUGAUAAUGAAGAAGAAGAGCAGGAAUAGCUAUUUGAAUAUAAGCAAAAGGACUACUACAGAUUUUUGUAUAAAACAACAAAAUAUAAAAAAGGAGAUUAUGGUGAAGAGUUGACAGAAGAAGAAUUAGAAUUACUAAAAACUAUAACUAAUAAAAAGAAAAAAAAGGACAUGCUUGCAAACAGAACAUAUAUUACACCUGAAUAAAUAGCAACACAAGUAUUUGAUCUUGUUGAAAACACACUAAUAUAAAAUUACAAAUUAAUCCCUUUCAUGUUCAAUUCUUGUAUGAAUAUCUAAGAAUUCAAUAUCGAUAGCGUUUCUGAUGAUAGAUCAAUCUCUAAUAUCUUUACAUUGCUUAAUCCAAAAAGAAUAUUCUAUAUAAAUUAAGGAAUAAAUUAAGUUUAAGAAUUAUUAAGAGAAGAAACGGAUAUUCAUAAUAAGAGUUUGGACAUUUUUAACUUUUAGAGCAAGAUAAAAAUUAACAGCAAAGUGUAAGGUAGACGCUUUGUUGGAAAAAUAACUAUGAACUAUAAUGAAGGUAGUUAAAAUAAAGUUAAUUUAACAUUAGAGCAGGAGAUGAAUAAUUCAAAUCCUAAUAGGGAAUACUAUGGAGAUUAUCCUCUAGAAAAGCUGUUGGAAUACUUACAAAAAUCUGGCUAUACUUUUACUGUAGCUUGGGGUGGUAUUAAUUAUGAGGAUAAAGUUAUUAUUAAAAAAGAAGACUAGAACUUCAGCGUGGAAGGUAUAAGAUGCAAGGAAUACUAUGAAAUAAGGAAAUUAGUAUAUGAUUUUUUAUAGAGCUUUUGA